CUUUACCCUCUCACUCGAUUUCCUUUACGUUCGUUUCUUGUUUCUAUUUUCUCGCGUUUUCUCGUCUCUCUUUCUCUCUCUCCCAACUCGGUCGACAGACUCCCAUCUCUUCUUGGAUCGAAUUCCCUACCAGAAAAUAUCCCCAAUCCAAACAAACUUUAAAGAGAAAAAGAAAACCCUUGUCUUCUUUUGUUUCACUUUUCCGCUUAUAAUUCCACUCUUCAAAUCCUACCCUCCUUCUUCUUCUUCGGCUUAUUCUUAUCCUUCUUCGAGGAUUCGAUACCAAGGAUAUUUGCUGGUGUUAUCUGUCGAUUGCGGUUGCGUUUCUGGGAAACCGAAUUAAGGUUUUGUUCUUCCAAUUUGUGGACUUCACAUAGAAUGGCCUUGAAUUUUUCUCAUCGACCUCUGUUUCCUGGGCAUCUUCCUGAUGACAAUUUGGUUUCCCCAAUGAGGAUUGCUAAUGGGUACCUUGUGGAGGGUCUGCCAGACAAGGCUGAGAAUUGUUUUGAUUAUGGGAGGGAUAGGACCGAUAGGUGUGGCUCACAUGAAUCAGUGCACAAGGACAUUCUUGAUCUUCUGCCAUCGGACCCCUUUGGCAUGGGCAUAAGCACUACUUUUACUGCCCUUACUGGUUGGCUUGAAGAUUUGGAGGUGGACUAUGGUGGAUAUGGUAGGGAUCAGAUUGCCACGAAUGAUGGAAAUUAUCAGUUAUUUGCUGGGUUGAAUUUUAUUUGGAAUAAUGCAAUGAGGUUCCAAGCCUUUCCUGGUAAUAUGGAGUUUGAUACUAGCCUGAAUGCAGUUGGUGGAUUUGGUGAUCGAUUUCUGGAGAAGGAAGUAGGGGGUGCAUCUGGUCAUGGUACUUUUAGGUUCUCUUGUAAUGUGGAGGACAUUUUGAGCUUAGGGAAUGAAUUAAUUUGCAAUAAAAGUGAUGGUGUUGUGGAUAAGAUAAGUGGAGAGUUUCAUGAGAGUGAUGGGGUUUGUUAUGAUAGAGAUGGAGGAGACCCUCAUGUGGCUUUUGCUUUUGCUCUUGGUUAUCUUGGUGUGCGGGAUCUUCUUGUUGUUGAAAUGGUUUGCAAAUCCUUGCGUUCUACUGUUCAGAAUGAUCCACUUUUAUGGAGGAGCAUUCACAUAGAUCAACCACUGAAUGAGAAGAUCACUGAUGAGGUCCUAUUGCAAUUAACUAAUAGGGCUCAAGGUAACUUGCGCUGCCUGAGCCUGAUCGAGUGUCCAAGGAUUACUGAUGAUGGAUUGAAGUUUGUUCUUCAAAAUAACCCUAGGUUAACCAAGCUGUGCGUGCCUGGAUGUACAAGACUCAGCAUUGAAGGCAUUGUAACCAGCUUAAAGGCAUUUAAGACUAUGGGUACUCAAGGGGUGAAGCAUUUAAGGAUUGGUGGGCUCUAUGGAGUGACAGAGAAGCAUUUUGAAGAACUGAAGUUCUUGUUGGGCACAGAUAAGUACAAGCAGCAGAAUGCCUGCAAGCCACAUUUUUAUCACAGAGGAAACUUUUAUCUUUCUUGUGAUGAUGAUCGUACUAUUGAUAUUGAAAAGUGUCCAAGAUGCCAAAACCUGAGGUUAGUAUAUGAUUGCCCUGCAGAGGAUUGUCAGAAGAAAGCACAUCCCAUUCAAGCAUGCAGGGCUUGCACACUUUGUAUACCUCGGUGUAUUCAGUGUGGCCGGUGCAUUAAUGACAAUGAAUAUGUUGAGACAUUCUGCCUUGAGUUGCUUUGUUCAGAUUGUUGGAAGCAACUCCAGAAAUGCCAGGAGAAACAAGAUAGCAGGAUUAGUCCUCCCAAGUCUCUUCUUGGUGAAUCUAGCUGCAGCCUCCGACUUCAUGGCUAGAGACAGAUAUCUGUUUAUGCCUUUGGUUCCAUUUUAUGAUUCAGAUGUGCAUAAUUGGUUUUUUAGAAUCUUAUGGAGAAAAUAUGGGGCAGCCAUCUAGUAUUAUGGUUCCCUUUCAGUUUUGUUUUGCCUUCUGGGUGUGUCGAUCAUCUGAGAUGAAGCUAUUGGCAGAUUUGAAGAUUGUCUUGGAUGCAGAUCAGAUUUACUGCCCAAAUUUAUUGCUUUGUGGGGGAAAAAAGGAUCGAAAAAAAAAGAGGAAAUAACAAAAAUUGGAAAAAAAAAACACAGAAAGCAAGGAUAUGGUUUCAGAGUCAUUUCACUAGCUAUGCACGGGUUGUUCACAGUGAAGGAUCUUAUAUUCUGGUUUUCUUUUAUUUGGCAUGUGGCCUAACAGAAGUCUGAUGGAGAAGGCAUUCCUUUGCCUGUGGUGUGCGCAACUGGCAUUUUUAUCGGUAUGGAAGUGGGGUAUUUUGGCCGUGACAGGAGUUCCUUGUCAUCAGCGGCAGAAAGCGGCUUGUCCGGUGUACAUUUUGUAUAUGAGUAAUUCUUGCUGUGAAAGUGAAUCUUAAUGUACGAGAUCUUCAUUGCUUGAGGAGGUGCGUCAAUUAAUUUUCCUGCUGUGAAGCGGAUAUGUGAUGUGGGCUCUUCUAAAACUAGUAUUGUUGUGGUGCAUGGUUGUGGAUGGAGCCACUGAUUUCGCCGGAGCUCUCCAUUUUUAGCUGUGGGAGUUGCAGAUCCAUAUACUUCCGAUGAUCAUGGAUUUGUUUCACUUAUGAUCUCAUUGCUGGGUUCUGGCUUGCUUCUUGAAUUGCAGAGGCACAAUCUGUUUUUGGCGGCCGUGGUGGGGUUUGUAACAUCCAUUAGUAGUAUGGGUUUUGUAUUUUGUGUCUUCCAUACGAGGAAGUGUUGUGGGCCUCAUUUUGGGCAUCCGACUCUGUUAUUUCUGUUUUAAAUGGAAAAGAAAAAAAAAAGGAAGAAAGAAAUUGGAAUUUAUGUGAA